CACAUUCCGACAUGCGUUAUUUUUUCCACUUCAUAUGUUUUUGUAUUAUUCAUACAUUAUGUUUGUUGUUCGUUAUAAAAAUGUUUAUUUCAGAAUUUUUGCCAGCUGUGAUACCUGUUUUUGGAGUCGGGCUCGUACGAUUCGUAAAUGGUUUGUGUACUGGAUACGGAAAUCUUGCAGGUACUUGUUAUACAAGGAGGCAAUGUAGGAAUGCAAAUGGUGUUGCUUCUACAGGCUGUGCCAGGUCCAUUGGAGUUUGUUGUGUUAUUACAAGGACAUGCGGACAAUCAUCGCAGAUAAAUAACACGUAUUUUGUUAGUCCUGGAUUUCCCACUGCGUACUCUGGAGCAGGUGUUUGUACUUUCACCAUUCAAAAAAUUGAUGCUGAUGUUUGCCAAGUCCGCAUAGACUUCCUAACGCUUAGGCUGGCCCAGCCAAAUACCAGCGGUAGUUGUAUUACAGAUGCACUGGUAAUAACAGGUGGUGCUUCCACCGUACCAAUUUUAUGUGGAGAAAAUAGCGGACAGCAUAUGUAUGUUGAUUUUAAUGGCAAUACAAAUAUUGUUAUAUCUAUUGGAACAACUGGAGCGAUCGGUAGAGCAUGGAAUAUAAAAGUGACACAGAUAAAUUGCAACUGUCCAACCAAAGCUCCUUCAGGAUGUUUACAGUACUUCAAUAGAACAACAGGUACCGUAACCAGUUUCAAUUAUGGACUUGCAGCAACUCAAGGCGGAACUAGACAAUUAGCCAACCAAAAUUACGGAGUUUGCAUUGCAAUGAUAAGGGGAUAUUGUGGAAUCACUUGGUCUCAAACCAAUACCCUAUCGUUUGGAGUUUCAGGUGACACUUAUACGGCCAUUGGAGAUAAUAGUGUGGGUACUAUCACUGCAGAAAUGUUCGGGGUCAACUGCCUAACCGACUUUAUUGUUAUACCUAGUCCCGUUUUAACAAAUCCUUCUUUUAAUACAGAUAGGUUUUGUGGAAAUGGAUUUGCAACUGUAACAAGUAAUUCCAAACCGUUUGUACUCACCGUAGUGACCGAUGCGAAUGAACUAAACGAUAUGGGCAACGUUGGAUUUUCGUUAAAUUAUGCACAAACAAGAUGCCCUGUAAUAACUACAACGUAA